AUGUCUGCCCCUAUCAAGACAGAGCAAAAGGCUUGUCUGAUCGUCAUUGACGGUUGGGGUAUCCCGUCCGAGGAGAGCCCCAAGGACGGCGAUGCCAUCACCAACGCCAAGACCCCGGUCAUGGACGAGCUGUACAAGAGCGCAACCGGCUACACCGAGCUCGAGGCCUCGUCGCUGGCCGUCGGCUUGCCUGAGGGCCUGAUGGGCAACUCCGAGGUUGGCCAUCUCAACAUUGGCGCCGGCCGUGUUGUCUGGCAGGACGUUGUACGCAUCGAUCAAACAAUCAAAAAGGACGAGCUGAAGGACAAUGCCGUCAUCAAGAAGACGUUUGAGAGCGCCGCCGAGAGCAACGGCCGUCUGCAUCUUUGCGGUCUUGUUUCCCACGGUGGUGUUCAUUCCAAGCAAACUCACCUUUACGCUCUCCUGAGAGCCGCCAAGAAGUACCAUGUCAAGGAGGUGUUUAUUCACUUUUUUGCUGAUGGCCGUGAUACUGACCCCAAGUCGGGCGCUGGCUAUAUGCAAGAGCUCGUCGAUUACUUGAAGGAGGUCGGCAUCGGUCAGAUUGCCACUGUUGUUGGACGCUACUACGCCAUGGAUCGCGACAAGCGCUGGGAGCGUCUCGAGAUCGCGCUGAAGGGCCUGUGCCUCGGUGAAGGCGAGAAGAGCGAUGACCCCGUCGCUACCCUCAAGGCUCGCUACGAGAAGGGCGGCUCCAAGGACAAGGACGAGUUCCUUACCCCCAUCAUUGUUGGCGGCGAUAAUGGUCGUAUCAAGGAUGACGACACCGUCUUCUUCUUCAACUACCGAUCCGACAGAGUGCGCCAGAUUACCCAGCUCCUGGGCGACGUUGACCGAUCGGUGCUCCCCGACUUCCCGUACCCCGCGAUCAAGGAGCUCGUCACCAUGACCAAGUACAAGACCGACUACCCCUUCGAGGUCGCCUUCGAGCCCCAGCGCAUGGACAAUGUCUUGGCUGAGUGGCUUGGCAAGCAAAACGUCGAGCAGGUCCACAUUGCAGAGACGGAAAAGUACGCUCACGUUACCUUUUUCUUCAACGGUGGUGUUGAAAAGGCCUUCCUUCUUGAGGAGCGCGACCAGAGCCAGGAUCUGGUUCCCUCCAACAAGUUAGUUGCUACUUACGAUCUCGCCCCCGAGAUGUCUGCCGACGGCGUCGCCGACCAGGUCGUCAAGCGCCUGGGUGAGGACCGCUUCCCCUUUGUAAUGAACAACUUUGCCCCCCCCGACAUGGUCGGCCACACCGGUGACUACGAUGCGGCCAUCAUUGGCUGCGAGGCCACCGACCAGGGCAUUGGCAAGAUCCUCGAGGGCUGCAGGAAACACAACUACAUUCUCUUCAUCACCGCCGAUCACGGCAACGCUGAGGAGAUGAAGUUUGCCGACGGCAAGCCCAAGACUAGCCACACCACCAACAAGGUGCCGCUUCUGAUGGCCAACGCCCCCGAGGGUUGGAGUCUGCGCAAGAGCGGCGGCGUAUUGGGUGACGUUGCCCCCACCAUUCUCGCGGCCAUGGGUCUUCCCCAACCCGAGGAAAUGACUGGCGAGUCUCUUCUGGCUAAGGACCUAAAGCGCAGCGCCAAUUAG